AUGGUCCUUGCGCUACAGGUACAGCUUCCGCAUCGUUGUUCUUUCCGCAUUCCCACGGGCUUCUGCCUGACGGUGGUCCCAAUCUUUGAGCUGAGUUGUGAACGCGUUGGGUUGGCAAUCAGCGGCCUCUCUCACCUCCUCGCACGUUUCAGCAUUCGCCUUAUGGUGCCGACUUUGGAUAAGUUCGAAGCCGAAACCUCAAUGGAAAGCAAAACAGAACAGGAAACGGAGGGUAUAAGAGCCGAGCUAAAUGACACGCCCGCCCGUCCCGAAGGUCCAGGCGUCCAAGCUGGCACGCAGCCAACCCCCCAUAGGGAGGAAGACCUUGAGCUGCUGCCGCCGGAGUUGCAGCAUCUCGCAGAGCUUGAAGAAGUUGACUGA